CAUUUGCGCGGUGCACACAGCGCUCUUCCUGGUCGUCCCGUGUAUUUGUCCGCUGAUGUGUUUUUAAUUCAAACGGUAGCCUCCUAUAUUCGUCGUGUCCGUGUUUUCUCUGUUAGGAUGUCGGCGUCUUUUGGCCGACCGAGCGUGUGAAACCAGCCGCUGAUUGGCUCCUUCCUUCCUUCCGCUGAUUGUGUGUGUUUGUCUCUGAUUCUGGCAUGCUGUCAUCACCAGAUUCGUUGUGGGCACAGCAGGUUUGAUGCCCUCAGCUCCGUCAUGGAGCCCUCAGAUUUGACCACACGCAGGAACGGGCGGCAGAGGAGAGUAGCAGGCGCGUCCACCCUGCCGGAGCACACUGGGUUCACGGACAGAGGGGAGGCCAGCUCUCCUGAGCCGGAGAUGGAGGAGGAGGCGGAUGGCCUCAUCAGGAGCUCAGACUCUGAGGACAGGAGGCGACAGCGGGUCCGGCCGGGGAUCCGCGCCGAGCUGGGCAGCAUAUCGCUUCUCCUGUUCCUCUACGUGCUGCAGGGCAUCCCCCUGGGACUGGCCGGCAGCAUCCCCCUGAUCCUACAGAGCAAGAACGUCAGCUACAGAGACCAGGCCUUCUUCAGCUUCGUCUUUUGGCCGUUCAGCCUGAAGCUCUUCUGGGCGCCGCUGGUGGACGCCCUGUACUUCAGCAGGUUUGGGAGAAGGAAGUCGUGGCUGGUGCCCACCCAGUACCUGCUGGGCCUCUUCAUGCUUUACCUGUCUGUCACAGUCAACUCGCUGCUGCAGAGCGAGAAGGGACCCGACGUGCUAACGCUCACAGCGGUCUUCUUCAUGCUCGCCUUCCUGGCAGCCACACAGGAUAUAGCUGUGGAUGGCUGGGCUCUGACCAUGUUAUCCAGAGAAAACGUGGGCUAUGCAUCUACCUGUAACUCCGUAGGCCAGACGGCUGGCUACUUCCUGGGGAACGUGCUCUUUCUGGCUCUGGAGUCGCCUGAAUUUUGCAACAAGUACCUCAGAUUAGUGCCCAAAGACACGGGCAUCGUCACCUUGCCAGAUUUUUUGUUUUUCUGGGGGAUGAUGUUCCUAGUUUCCACCACUCUGGUGGCCAUCUUUAAAAGAGAGAACGCUCCCGUCAGAGGAAGGAGGAACGUCCCCGAAGAGACUCAGGGCGUCAUGGAAACCUACAGGCUCCUGUUCUCCAUCGUCAAGAUGCCCACCGUCUUCACCUUUUGUUCCCUGCUCCUCACAGCUAAGAUCGGGUUCUCUGCAGCGGAUGCUGUUACAGGUCUGAAGCUGGUUGAAGCCGGCGUCCCCAAAGAGCAGCUGGCACUCCUGGCGGUGCCCAUGGUGCCCCUGCAGAUCCUCUUGCCGGUGAUCAUCAGCAGAUACACGGCGGGGCCCCGGCCCCUUGACGUCUUUUACAAAGCGUUCCCGUUCAGGUUGCUUAUUGGGCUCGAGUACGCCCUGCUGGUGUGGUGGACCCCCAGCGUGAAACAAGAAGGAGGAUUCCCACUCUACUACUAUGCCAUAGUCUUUUUCAGCUAUGCGCUGCAUCAGGUGGCGCUGUACAGCAUGUAUGUGGCCUGCAUGGCCUUCCACGCCAAAGUGAGCGACCCCCUCAUAGGCGGCACCUACAUGACCCUGCUGAACACGGUCACCAACCUGGGGGGAAACUGGCCCUCCACCGUGGCCCUGUGGCUGGUUGACCCCCUGACGUCUAAGGAGUGCCAGGGGGCCGCGGGCCAGAGCUGCAGCACGCCGCUGGAGGCGGGGUUGUGCACUAAGGAGGGAGGCGUGUGCGUGACCGCCCUGGACGGCUACUACGUGGAGUCUGUGGUGUGCGUGGUGAUCGGCCUGCUCUGGUGGCUGUGGCUGGGCAAGAAGAUCAGGCGGCUGCAGGACCAGAGCCCCGCCGCGUGGAGAUGCAGAGUGGGCCAGUGACACCGAUCCCACGGACACUUGGUAGGGAGUGCACCUUGCUGCUCUGCACCAAAGCCGGCUGGACUCUACGGCACGUCCCCCUACCACCACACACCUUUAUGCUCUGGCAGAGGAGACAUUCCCCAUUAAACCUGCCACUUUGAUGCGCACACACGAAGCAAGCCACCACCGCUGUCUUCUUUUUAUAUAUAAAAAAAAAAAAGCUGUUAUCGCCAUCUUUUAAAGAUAGUCGUUUUUUUUUAUAUAUAUAUCAUGUGCUGCUUAAACUACAGAGAGCAGAGGCUGGGUCAAACAUGUAGAAAUCUUUUUUUUUUUUUAUAGGAACUUUAUUGUCUACAAAGAACCCAAAAGGUUCUUUAAAAUGAUUUUUUUUUUAAAGAUGUUUGAAUGUCAGCACUUCAAGUUCUGACUUACCUUACCGCCGUCUACCUUACAUGACAGGAAUAUUCCCAGAGCAGAUCCACCAAUCAGAGCUCGUGUGUUUUCAUGUACUGUACCUGUCAGAUGGCGGGCGUGUACUAUGAAGCGGGACCGUUGUCUCAGUGAGCGGAACCCAAACAGUAUUCGGCUCAUUAUUUAAAAACAGAGAAAUCAGAUAUGAGCACACGGAAAGAAAAAAGGACAUCUGCAGCGCGAGGACGUCUCUUCUCUUGUCCCCAUGUAGAAAAACGCACGUCGUCAGACAUCCUACUCGCCUCCGAGACUUUAAUAUUUAUGAUUUAACAGAAUCCUUGUCUCCUAUAGUAAAUAGUGUGCUGCAUUACAA